CCACUCUAUCAUCCUCCAUCCACACCUCCACCCAACUCUGCACAUCAUGUCCAACAUCGUGAACACCAUCAAGGACAAGGUUACGGGCAAGCACCACGACAAGCCCAACCAGCAGCCCCACCAGAACGAGGAUGAGCAGACGUUCUCCAUCCAGCCCCAUCCGGCUAUGACGAACGAUCCCCGCGACCUCCAGCCCUCGCUCGGCGGUGGUCUCAACACCAACCCUGAGGUCGGUGCGUUCCACGCGCGCGACCCCCAUGUCCCGUCCCCGCAGACUGCCAACAACCUGCCUCCCCCUCAGAGCCGUGAGGAGUUGCGAGCUCGCGCAGCGGAGCUCAACAAGGAGUAAUCUUGUCGCCGCCGAAGGAGCCUGAAGUGUACACCUUAUCAUUGUAUAAUAGCCCGGACGACUGGAUGAUUGUAUGAACAAUAUUU